UUGGGCUGGGAGUUUCUGAGUGAACAUGUUUUGUAACCCGUAGGGCAGUUUUUGUUGCAUUGUGAGGGACUUUUAAGUGUUUAAUUGUAGAAAUGAGCGAGGAAAGUCGCCGAGCUUUGCUGCUGAUGUCGGGGAAGAAGUCAGCUUUGGAGGGUUGUUCGAUCCAAAUGCCACAAAUGUGCACCUUGUAAACGUCAUAAAUGUGAGGAGACACUAGUUUACUACAGAGUGGAAACGUUUUUGCUUUGUAAAAUCAUUUCCAUUGCGUCUUUUAAUGGUUUUCAAAGUGCGGAGAAAGCACAAGUGAGGCACGCCGAGGAGAGACCCAGUCGCUUGAGUCUCCACGGUUCUCAUCCUGCCUUUAAGUUCCGCCCCUUGCGAUGGACAGUCCAGUUGAGUCCCACCUCAGUCCUUGUCAACAACAAGCCGAGUCAGAGCCAGCGAUCAUGGCAGAAGUAGCACCAGCCGCACCCGCUUCGUCGAAGACGGCCAAGAAGAAGAAGAGCAGCAAGCCCGCGAAGGCUGGACUCAGCGUCUCCGAGCUGAUCACCCAGGCUGUCGCUAAGUCCAAGGAGCGGAAAGGAGUCUCUCUAGCCUCCCUCAAGAACUCCCUGAACGCCGCCGGUUACGAUGUGGAGAAGAACAAGGCUCGCAUCAAGAUUGCCGUCAGGAAACUGGUGGCCAAGGAGGUCUUAUUGCAGACCAAGGGCACCGGCGCUUCCGGCUCCUUCAAGAUGAACAAGGCGUCCGAAGCCAAGCCCAAAAAGGCUCCCGCUAAGGCUAAGAGCGCCGCCAAGAAGCCCGCAGCCAAGAAAUCACCAGUGAAGAAAGUCGCAGCCAAGAAGGCAGCCGCUAAGAAGCCCGCCAAGAAGGCAACAACCCCGAAGAAGGCAGCAAAGAAGAGCGCUAAAAGCCCCGCUAAGAGCCCCGCCAAGAGCGCCAAGCCGACGGCUAGGAAAGCCCCAGCGGCCAGGAAGAGUCCUGCUGCCAAGAAGAGCCCCGCUAAGAAGGCGAGCAAGCCUAAAGCCAAGACUGCAGCCAAGAAGAAGUAAAUACAUUUUCCCGUGAAAAAGGCUCUUUUAAGAGCCACCUCAACCACUUUCAAAGAACAUUUUCCUCCAUGACAAAGUAUUAUUAUGUACAUGAUUAUGUUACAUUGUCAAGUCCUCAUCAUGAAUGCAACAUGGGCACUCAACCUGUGCCAGGGCCGCCCAAACUGAGGGCUGAACACUGAAAAGAUGUGCGGUCGUUUAGAAAUAUUUCCACUCUAAAA